AUGAAAUCAGUCAAUUCUAUUUAUAAACAAUCCUUUAAUAAUAGAUAUGAGACCGAUAAUGUAUUAUUACUUAAAAAAUUACAAAAUGGCUUGGAAAUAUUCGCAAGAAGUUUAUAUCAACGUCUCGACAACAAAAGAUUUUUUGUUACAGAACAACAUAAUAGAAUGAUGAAAAAAAUCGCAGUUUUAGAUGUAAAAAGUUUAGAAGAAGUUGUUAUAAAAUUUGUAACAAAGUGUAAAUUAAACUAUACGGAAAUAAGAAAAAAAAAUGAUAUUGUAAAUUUGCAGAAUAGACUUACUGAAGAAUUAAACCAAACAUGGACUCAAAUUGCAUUGUUUGAUCAUAUAGAUUCUGACGAUAAUAUAAAUGGUCGUUCUAAAAAAUCACAUUUAGAAAAAAUUGAAACAAAUCCAUGGGUUACCCCUGAUCAUACAUCAACAGAUAUUCCUCAGGAAUAUCAACAAUAUCUACAAAAGUUGCCCUUCAUAUCAAUUUACGAAAUUCUAAGAAUACUAAAACCUCUCGGUCCGAUUGUUCCAGAUAAUUCCAUAUGGGAGAACAUUAAAACUAGAUGUAGAAGUUUUAGAUUAAGUGAAUACUUUAGAGAGAUUUGUUUACUAUAUUUUAACAGCCAGAGUGUUGAUAAGUUUCCAAAUAUAGGUGAAUUGCUUCCACGAAAUCAGAAUGUGUGGAAGUUAUGGGAGAAAGAACAACUUGGGGUUAAUUCUUCAAGUAUCCUAUUUAGUGCAAAGGUAGUUCCAUCCAAAUCAAAAUUAAUUUUAUUUUUAAACCCACCAAAAAUUGGAGGUUCAAAAAGAUAUUACAGGUUAUACUCUUCGAGUAGAUUCUUGCAUGUGCAUGUUGAAACGGAUAAGGUUGAUAAGGAACUUCAAUCACAAUUAUUAUACCCGUUGAAUUUAUUUGGAAGAAAGUAUGAACUUUUAUAUGCAAAAGACGGAUUAUUUUAUUACUUUGCAACGAGUGGACCUGGUUUAAAACCACAAACAAUAUGGGAAGUGAUUGAUUUCAAUAUCCCAAUUGAACUUAACUACGAUCUAACGGUCCCAAAAUUCUAUUCACGAAUGUCAUUAGGAUUUUCUAAUACCAAACCAACAAUCAUUUUUAAACCAAAUGAAAUUCACUACGAUGUCGACGACAUCACAAAAGAUGGCCAUUGUUUAACCGAUGGUUGCGCAGCAAUAUCAUGGGCUGCAAUGAAAAAAAUUGCUACUAUUUUAGGUUGUGAGGAAACACCGUCCGCAGUUCAAGGUAGAAUUGGCGGUUCUAAAGGAGUUUGGUAUCUGAAUCCAACACAUGAUGCUAACAAUCAUGAUUUAUGGAUAGAACUCAGAAAAAGCCAAAUUAAAUAUAAAUUAAGACCUCAUAGCGUUGGAAAUAAUGAUGAACAUCUAAGAACAUUUGAGGUAAUCCAUAUAAUUACAGCUCCUAGAAUACCUGGAUUGUUAAAUACACAAUUUAUAAGAGUAUUAGGAAAUGGGGGCACGAAGGCCAAUGUGAAAAGAUUAAAUGAGAGAUGUAUUACUAAAGACAGUAAUGACAUCUCGUCAGUGAUCACUUCCGAGGAUGAUUUGACAACGUUCGAAUCAGAAUUAAAAGAGCUUUCUGGAAUGCCAGAUUCGAUACACGAACAAUGUGUCCAAAUGUUGCAUGCUGGUUUCACUCCUUCCACGUGCUCAUUCCUUGCAAAAAAACUAACGGAGGUCUUAUCUUAUACUAUAGACCCAUUGCUGAAUAAAUAUAAAAUCGAAGUUGCAUUAUCCAGAACACUUGUCUGUAUAGCUGAUCCAACUCAUACAUUACAACCAGGGGAGGUAUAUAUUCAAUUAGAUCGUAAUGCUGGCAUAGAUCCAAGAACUGGUUUACCAUUUUAUGUCAUCGAAGGUGAUGUCAUUCUAGCAAGAAAUCCUUGCUCACUACCAUCGGACAUUUUGAAGGUUAAGGCCGUCAGAAAUCCACACUUGAAUAAUUAUUACAAUUUAGUAGUAUUUCCAACCAAUGUUAACCCAAAAGAAAGUUCUAUGGCAAAUCAUUUGAGUGGCGGUGACUAUGAUGGAGACAAGCCGAGUGUUACGCAAUCAUUUGAUAAAAAUAACACUAAAUUGAUACAAGAAUUAACAAAGCACAAGAAGCAAUCAAAAACAAGAAAAUUGCAAGAGUUAAUUCUUGAUGUCCAUUUUAAAGAUCGUGAAAAUCCACUGGGAUUAUAUGAUAGGUUUCAUAGAAUUUAUUCCAAUAAACAUGGCAUCUCGGACCCAAAGUCCGUUUAUUUUUCUCAAAUGUUUGCUCAGCUCGUCGAUGCAACUAAGCAGGGGUUAAAUUUGAAACAUGGUGUUUUACAAGCCGACCAAAAUAGUAUUUAUCAGCUUCCAGUACCAAAAUGGAUGGAGAAUGAUGAUUCAUUAAAGAAAGGAGGCGAGGAAGGUGAUGCGGAAGCUAACGAAGAUAAAAGUGUAAUGGAUAUGUUGUACAUGACUAUUGAAGAGGAAAAACGUAUUAUUAGAAGCAAAGAUUUUUCGGUCGCAAGUAAUCAAGUAGAUAGCAUGGAUCCACAUAUUCGAUUGUUUUGGAUUAGAGAAAUAGAACAUUCCAAAAAAGUCAAUGAUGGUGGAGCAUAUAGUUCGGAUCUAUUAUUAAUUGAACGUUUUACGCGUAAAUUGCUUCAAGAUUAUAAUUCCGGAUAUUCCAAGAAAAUAAAUGGUGAAAAAGAGGAUCCAACAGCUACAGAGUCUACGUCAACAACAAAGAAAACAUCAUCGUCGAAAAACAAAAACCAAAAAUCAUUUAAUUAUAAAAAUGGACCUCGAGAUUUUAGCAUUGAUUAUGAAUUUUUAAGUAGAUUUAUUUCAAAUCCACCACUCGACCAAUACAAAAGUGAUAGAUUAAGGUACACCUCUCGUGAAAAUUUUGGAAACCCACACGCAAUUUUUGAAUUACAAUUGAAAUCAUGCGCUCUUUACAUGAAUACAUUUUUUAAAAAAAAAACUGGACAGUGUUGUUGGAUGUUGGCCUUUAGAAGUUUAUGCAAUGUUAAAGCUAUGAUGGUAGAAUCUGAAAGAUCAUCUGUAUUGGGUGGACCAAGAUUCGUAAUUGAUGAUGUUUGGAAUUCUCUAAAAGUUGAUAAAAAAUGGGCGGAAAAGGACUGCGAAAAUAAUCAUGACAAUAUUGAUAAUGAUGGAAUUUUAUACUAA